GACUGCUCGUGCGACGCUGAUGGUCAGAUACCUAGUAAUAUAGCGAUAAGUACCGAGUGUAUAAAGUGUUUGACUUCAGGACAUUGUGUCCACUUAUCUCUGUAGAGCUCUUCGAAUGACUGUGCUUGCAAAAGCAUUACUUUGAAGAUUAUUGCAGUACCACUUGCUACUGAAGAGUGAUCUUAUAGUGAAUCCACCAUGACUUGGCAAGAGAAUAUUAGUGCAGAGGAGGCACGUUGCAUGGAAGAGUUGAAAAAUAGGUUGAAGAAUGAUUUAACACCAGCUUUGUUGGAUGACGAAACUUUGUUUUACCGUUUCUCGAAAGCUCGAGAUUUCGUGAUUGCUGAUGCUGAAGCUAUGCUUAGAAAGCAUAUCUUUUGGAGAGAACAAUACAAUGUGGAUAGAAUACUGGUUGAACACAAGCCAUCAGAAGUUAUUAAGAAAUAUGUACCAUUCUAUUUUGUAUGCUAUGAUAAAGAAGGCAGUCCUGUUCUGUACAUUGACUUUGGUAACGCAGAUAUAAAAGGAAUUUUCAAUUCUAUUAAGCCAAUCGAAAUCUUAAGCCACUGUGUCUUCACUUUAGAAGGGCUCACGGAGAAAUGCAGAGCACAAACUGCAAAGUUAGGAAGACCAGUAACAAAGGCUUGUUUCAUAUUUAACUUCGAAAACCUGACCUUUGCAAAUGCAACGAACAAAAAAAUGUUGGAGACCGCACUUUUUUUCGCCAAAAUGUUCCAGGAUAAUUAUCCAGAGAGAAUCAAAUCCAUCUAUUUCAUUAACACAUCCCUUUAUUUUACCCUGGCCUUCAAUGUGAUAAAGCAUGUCUUAGCAUCUGUAGUUUUAAGUAAAAUUCGAUGUUACAGCCCAGACGACGAUUGGCGAGGCGCUCUUCUUGAAAAAAUAGAUGCGGAGUUAUUACCUGCUUUUCUUGGCGGAACUCGCACCGACCCUGAUGGAAAUCCUUUAUGCCACUCAAUAAUCCCUCCUACUAAAAAAGUGCCGGAAACCUUCUACCUGACAAACUCGGCGAAGAAACUCUCUCGUUCGAAAGACGUGAAAAAAAUGACCGUGACUCGCCUCUCCAAGGAGACGUGGAGUUAUGAAGUGACGGAGCCAGGCUCCUACCUUGAAUGGGAAUUCGAAACCAAGAAUAAGGAUAUCGGGUUCGCCGUCCUCUACAAGCCGAACACUGACUGCAAGUCCAGUGAAUUGUUGCCUAAGACGAGGAUAGACACUUGCUAUGAGCCGGAGAAGGGUUUCCUCAGAUGUGACAAACCAGGAACAUACAUCUGUGUAUUCGACAAUUCGUACAGCUGGAUCUACUCUAAGGAACUCUACUUCAGGAUUAAAGUAAAAUCCCCACAGGAGGUAGACAGCUGCACAUGACCCUUUUUUCAUUUUUUGGAGAUCAUUUCGUAAUAAAUAUCUGCUGUAACCCAACGAAUGAAUUUGUAAAUAUGACUUUGUUGUAACCUAAUCGAUCAUGUCAAUGAUUUUCUUUGUUUAAAUAAAAGUACGUUUUGAUAGA